GAUCUAAACAGACAUUCCCAAGCAACCAUCCCGCUCAAAGUACACUUCUCAUCUUUUUUCGACUUCUGAGUCCCAUAUCCAUCCAUCUACCUAUUCCACAAUGAAGGUCUACAGGGGCAAGCUCAACUGGUUGAUUUACGCCGUCAACGAGACCUGCACUUUCGUGUUCCCCAAGGGCUUCGCUGUCGGGGAUCCGGUGUACACGGCCUAUCAAUGGACCGAGAAUUCGUCCGGCGCUAAGAAGGUCAACAACUUCGUCGAAGGAUAUGUCAACAUGGAUUUCGUCGUCGACGGCAAGCGAACCAUCCGGUUCCAUGAAGAGAACUACUACCAUUUCGACGCUACGAUCAGCAGCGACGAAAAGUCCAUCGUGGUGACGAUGCGGAACGAUCCCCACGGCACCGUCGAGAAACCGACUACCCUUGAUUUGGCUAUGACCUCCGACACAUCAGCCCUUGUUCUCUAUAUGGGAAAGUACACCGAGCAUCCGUUCGCCGACAACGAGAUGAUCAUAGUCAUCGGCUCCCCGAAUUUCUCCUACGGAAACUCCAUCGGCGUGUUUUGGCAAUGGACGAAGGAACAAAAUGGCAAUGAGAAGGUCCCGCAGAACUACACCGGAACCGUCACCGACUUCCAGCAAAAUAGCUCGGGAAUCAAACUCGAGUUCAACAAGGCCAGCAACUACUACAGCUUCUCCAUGAAUGUGGACAACUCGCUCAAGAACAUGAAGCUCAGAGUCGCAAGCCACCCCUCUCUGCUCCCCAACCAGCAGGACAACGCUCUGACCUUGCAGAAGAGCACGGAGUAAGGAGCUAUUUGGUUGAAAGGGGGGCCGGCGGCGACUUCUCCGCUCCGCCUAUUUUCCCCAUCUCAUGCAUCUUUCUCCUUGGCCUGAUGCGUGUUUUUUUUUUUUUUAAUGUUCUGUUGGAUAUGGGCUGAAGAAGUUUGGGUGCUUUUGCUUUGGUCACGAUCCAAGGCUUUUCGGGUGCGGGUAUGAUAGGGCGGCGGCGUCGUUAGGUGGUGAUUAGAGGAGGGUGUUCCUGCUCGAGGAAGGGAACGAUAGCAUCAAUACUACCUUUUAACCACGACGAUAACUGCUGUGCAUGUGUAGUGAAUAAAGCUGUAAACAGGAUCCUCACUGUAUUGCGACUCGAU